AAAUUUUAAAAUUUUACCCCUCUUAAAAUUUUGAUUCUAUCCAUGGUUGGAGUCCUCUUGUAUUUAAAGUACCUAAAACUAGCCAGAUGGCUUCAACUGCAGUCUCAGUCUCUCAACACAAGAUAUAUUCUUGCUUCUAGCUAGUGACGUCCCAUGACCAUCCAGUAAGAGGAUAUGCAUUCUGUGAAACAUAAUGGAGAAGGGCACAUUGCUGUUGACAUGGAAAAGCUGGUAUCUUCAUACAAGUCAGACCAAUCCAAGUCAGACCAAUCCAAGUCAGACCAAUCCAAGUCAGACCAAUCCAGGGAAUUCUGCCUAUCAAGGGAAAGUUGCAUUUUCAAAAUCCCAAGCAUACUCUCCAGGCAUAAUCCGAAGGCAUACUCUCCCAAUGCAUUUUCCUUUGGGCCUUGGCACCAUGACGACGAUCAUCUGAAAUUAACACACGCACUGAAAAUCAACUAUCUUAAAGACCUCCUCCAUCCUUUCCCUGACCGAGAAGCAAAGCUACUAGAUUUGGAAGCUGCUGUCACCGAGAUGGAGGAAAAGGUACGUCAGUGUUAUGCUGAACAGAUUAGUUUUCAUGAUGAUCGUAAAUUCGCGAGGAUUUUGCUGCUUGAUGGUUGCUUUAUCAUUGCGUUGUUCCUCAAGUCUGCUAAGGUGAUAAGUCGAGAUCCAGAUGACCCUAUAUUUGGGAUGGCUUGUAUGCUCCAAUUUCUUUACCAUGACUUGAUUUUGCUGGAAAACCAAAUACCUUGGUUUGUGCUGGAGCGUAUUUUCGAUCUGACAAAGGAAAGUAUUAAGCAGUCAGCAGAUAUUGAGCUCCAUCAACUUGCUAUUCAGUUCUUCGGUAAUAUUUUCACCAGUGGUCGUCCUCCUCCAGAAGUCAAAGAUUCUGAUACUGACAAAAUCAAGCACAUUAUCGAUCUGCUACGGACAUAUCUAUUUUUGCCAUACUUGAAAAAUACAUGCCAGAAACAACCAUCCGAACAGCAGAAUUCAUCGCCUCAAAAAACAACAAUUAAUGAAGAACGAGAGUCGCACAAGCAUCUUCCUUCUGCAAGUAGACUUACAGAGGCCGGAGUCAAAUUCAAGAGGUCUAAUGAUAGCAUCUUCCAUAUAAGAUUUUGUAAAGGAGUUCUUGAAGUCCCAUCUAUAUUAAUUCAUAACACCACUGAAACGAUCUUUCGCAACCUUAUUGCCUAUGAGCAGUGUUACUAUCAUCUUGAACCUAUAGUCACAUCUUACGCCAAACUUAUGGAUAAUCUCAUCGAUAAGGUUGAUGAUUUGCACAUACUGUGCAAGAGAGGCAUUAUUUCAAACUCAAUGAGUUCAGAGGAUGCCACCCAGCUCUUCAACAAGCUCUACAAUGAUGCCCGUAUCCCUCGCUCACAUUGUUCUGAAAUUUACGAGGAAGUGAAUAGUUAUUGCCGACGGGGGUGGCCUAGAUGGCGUGCGGCUUACACUCAGAACUACUUCACCAAGCCAUGGGCCAUUGUUUCUCAGCUGUUUGCCAUCAUGAUCUUGACUCUCACCCUUUUACAAGUGGUACCUACAUUUUUGUUGAAGUAACUUUCUUCGCUUUUCAUUCUCCUUGUUAGGAAAUAAUAAGAGUCUGGUGUUGAAUUUACCUUUUGAAAAAUCAUUUUAUAAUUUGUUCUGUAAGCUAACUUGAUUAUGCUCAUCAAUGAAUAAAUUUCUUUAAA